AUGGACAACAACAACAACAACAACAACACCGCCAGCUCUGUCAUAGCACCUCCCCGCGCUCCCGAUCCUCCCGGUCACACCGCCACUGCCACCACCACCGUCGCCAAAUCCUACUCCGCCGCGGUCGGCGCCCGUCCCGCUGCGAAGCCCGGCAACGCCACCAUCGCUCCCUCGACUGACGCCGCCUCCAGCCCCCUGAUGCACGACAUCGCACACUGUAUCAUCAACAAAAACCCAUCCGCAACCUCGUUCGACCAAGUCCUUCUUGCGCUCGACAAACACUACCCCGCCCUCGCCGGCGCGAUGCCCUGCGUCAUGCUUAUCCGCAUCUCGGAUAUUCCAUAA